GCUGUACGGAGAGAGGCGGGAAAACAGACGGAGUCUCAAACUGGGGAAGUGGAGUUAAGGGACUGAGCGCUGGCGCAGCGGAUUGAUGUGUCCGGGAGCCCCGGUGGGGCCUUGCUGGGAGGACUCGCCGAAUGUUCGGAGGAACACAUGGUCGAGGUGUGAAAAUGAAAUCUACCGUAGCAGCAGUGAAGAAUCCGACUGGAAAAGUUCAGGCAGACGUAUGCAAACCUUUCACUGGGAAGUUGUUCUAUCUUGACCUUACAUCCAAACUAAUAUCUGAAAAAUUGGAAAAAGAUAUAAAAGAACUUGGAGGCGCUAUCGAAGGAUUUCUUAGCAAGGAGAUAAGCUAUCUUAUAACCAGUAAAAAGGAGGCAAAAUGUGUGAAGACUUUAAAGUAUGUUUGUUCUAUACCAAGUCCUGAAGCUGCUCCAAACACUGGAGAGAGUUCAACCAGCCCGGGCAAUAGGCGAUUAUGUCAAGAAGGAAAUUCAAGUAAAAAAAAUGAAAAGAGCCUUGUAAGUCGGGGGAAAUCUUUAGUGAAAAGGGCAAUCAAAGAGCAGGAAAUUCUACCAAAAAAUAGUAUAUUAUCUAAUGCCCUAAACUGGGGAGUAAAAAUACUUCAUGUUGAAGAAGCAAAGCAUUAUAUUGAAAAGAAGAAAACUGCAUUGCAACAAGUCAGAAAGUCCCAACCUGUAGUGAAGGUUGAGAGCAAACCUCAAACCCGACGCAAAGUAAAACCUCAAAAACUAAAAAGCCCAUAUAUAAAAGUAGAAGACUGCAGCUGCCAGUACAGACCGUUAUACCUUGUAUUGCCACAAUUUCGAUCAUUCCAGAAUCCUGUGUCAAAUUAUUCUGUAGAGGUGGAUAAAAAAGCAGAUCCUGGACAGAAGCUUCCAGAAACAAAACAAAGUGUAAAUAAGACUGGUCAUGGACAAGAUGGUGCAAACAAUCCAAAUAUAAAGUUAAAGGAACAAAAGAAGCAUGGCUACUGUGAGUGCUGUCUUAAAAAAUAUGAUGACCUGGAAUCUCAUAUUUUAAGUCCGCAGCACAAGAACUUUUCAGAAAGCGCAUACUAUCAAGUGGUUGACGAUCUUAUUUCUACCUUUGAUUUUGACUUUGUGGAUUGGUCAAAGUACAAAAAUGGAAGAAAAGGUGUGGGAAUAUUGAUGUUGGCUGAAAAAUCUAAAACUGAAGGCCAGGAAAGAAAUGAAGCAAAUUUGUUUGUUUCAAAAACACACAAUUUUUCAGAACGAGUGACCGCUACCACCCCAUUGCAGGAGAAUACUUUAAAGGAUCAGCAUGCGAGUCCUUGUUCUCUUCCAUGCACUCCAGCUUGCAAUGCCGAUCAAAUGUUUUCCUUGCCCUCUCCUGCGGGAUCUGCCCGUUUAUGUAACAAAAAAUAUAAAAUGGACUCCAACUUUGGACAACUUGUGGCAACGCCUCUGCCAUCUUUCAAUUUGAAGGACAGUCUCACAGGUUCAUUUGGUGGAAGAGAAAUGUUCGUUGCUAAACUAAAUGAAACUAUGGAACCUGCUACUGAAGGACCAAAGAUUAAGUGGGAUGUUUGCAAUAUUCCUAGCAAUAUCUCGCAAUGUAUUCCACAGAAGGUAGACCCUAUCGCACAGCAUGUAAAUCAAUUUCCAAAUGGAAAUACCCAUUGUAGUGAAAUGACUGCAUGCCAGGCAGCUCUCAUUUAUGAAAAUGUAGAUUCAGCAGCGGAUGCUAAUAUUAAACUUCCUAAGACUGUAAAUGACCUUCACAAUAAAGAAGGACAUAGAGCAACGGACAAAAUAUACCCCACUGUACAAUCGCAUGAGUACCUGCCUGAUUAUUCUCCUUCAGGAAAUCUGCACAGGAAAGUGAAGACUUCAGCUCAUAGAAAUAAAAAUAAGGAUGAGCUUUUCUGCAGACUCUCCCAUAAAGUGUCUGUUCCACAGCAAGAAGAUGAUUCAAAGUUUCCCAGUGAAACCCUGCUAGCAUUGUUUGAGUCCAGUGAGGAUAAAACAGAGUUUUUUGGGUUUGCUGGCAGCCCUGCGUAUGAAUCGUGCAGUAUGGAUGAUGGUGAUACUCCGGAUCAAACCCACAAAAAGAUGCUUUUGUCUCUCUUCCCACACACCACCACUUCUGGCUCUUCGUUUCUUGGCUUUUAAUGUUUGUUUUAAUUACAAUUUUAUUUAUCCGUUUUUAUCAUUUUAAUGCUCAGAAAAGACUUUCCUUUUAAUCCAUUAAAUAAACACCCCUAUGUGAGAUUUCGUUGUAUAGCCACAGCAAUGCUUAAAAUUAAGAUACUCUUAUUUUAGUAAGUAAAAUAUACUGCUUAUAA